AUGAUCAUCUUAGCUGUGUUCUUCCUCUGCUUCUUCUCCUCAUACUCUGCCUCUGUUAAAGGUCACACAACUGGUCUCUCAUUAAAUAAUGAACGGCUGUACAAGCUCACGUACUCCACCGAAGUGUUUCUUGAUGGGGGCAAAGGGAAACUUCAGGACAGCGUGGGCUACAAGAUCUCAUCUGAUGUGGAUGUUGUGUUACUGUGGAGGAACCCUGAUGGUGAUGAUGACCAGCUGAUCCAAGUCACGAUAACAACCGUCAACGUUGAAAAUGUGAACCAACAGAGAGGAGAGAAGAGCAUCUUCAAAGGCAAAACUGCACCAAAGAUCCUAGGAAAGGACAACCUGGAGGCGCUGCAGAGACCCAUGCUCCUUCACAUGGUCCGGGGGAAGGUCAAAGAGUUCUACUCCUAUGAAAAUGAGCCCGUGGGCAUAGAAAAUCUCAAGAGAGGCUUGGCUAGCUUAUUCCAGAUGCAGUUAAGCUCCGGAACCACCAACGAGGUAGAUAUCUCUGGGGAUUGUAAAGUGACCUACCAGGCUCAGCAAGACAAAGUGAUCAAAAUGAAGUCCCUGGAUACAUGCAAAAUCGAGAGGUCUGGGUUUACAACACUGAAUCAGGUGUUGGGUGUCAGUUCAAAAGCUACAUCUGUCACUACCUAUAAGAUAGAGGACAGCUUUGUCACAGCUGUGCAUGCAGAAGAGACAAGGGCUUUUGCCUUAAACUUCCUACAAAGCAUUGCAGGAACAAUAGUAUCAAAGCAGAAACUGGAGCUGAAGACGACUGAAGCCGGUCCGAGGAUGGUACCUGGGAAGCAAGUUGUGGGUGUAAUUAAAGCACUUGAUUCCAAGUACACAGCCAUUCCCAUAGUGGGGCAGGUCCUCCAGCAAGCCUGCAAAGGAUGCCCUUCUCUGGCGGAGCACUGGCAGUCUAUCAGAACACACCUGGAGCCUGAAAACUUGUCCAAUGCCAAGGCUGUCAGCAGCUUCCUGGCCUUCAUUCAGCACCUCAGGACUGCAAAGAGAGAAGAGAUCCUCCAGAUUCUGAAAUCAGAGAAGAAGGAAGUGCUCCCUCAGCUGGUGGAUGCAGUCACUUCCGCCCAGACUCCAGACUCACUGGAAGCCAUCCUGGACUUUGUGGAUUUCAAAAGUGACAGCAGCAUUGUUCUCCAGGAGAGGUUCCUCUAUGCUUGUGGAUUUGCCUCCCACCCUGACGAAGAGCUGCUUCGAGCCCUCCUUAGUAAGUUCAAAAGUUCGUUUGCAAGCAAUGACAUCAGAGAAACAGUUAUGAUCAUCAUUGGAGCUCUUGUCAGGAAGCUGUGUCAGAAUGAAGGAUGCAAGCUCAAAGCAGUGGUUGAAGCUAAGAAGCUAAUCCUGGGGGGACUUGAAAAACCAGAGAAAAAGGAGGACACCACGAUGUAUCUGCUGGCUCUGAAGAAUGCCCUGCUUCCUGAAGGAAUCCCACUCCUUCUGAAGUAUGCUGAGGCUGGAGAAGGGCCCGUCAGCCACCUGGCUACCACUGUCCUCCAGAGAUAUGAUGUCUCCUUCAUCACAGACGAGGUGAAGAAGACCUUGAACAGGAUAUACCACCAGAAUCGUAAGGUUCAUGAGAAGACUGUGCGCACAGCUGCUGCAGCUGUGAUCUUAAAGAACAAUCCAUCCUACAUGGAUGUGAAGAACAUUCUGCUGUCUAUUGGGGAACUUCCCAAAGAAAUGAAUAAAUACAUGCUCACCUUUGUGCAAGACAUUCUGCAUUUUGAAAUGCCUUCAAGCAAAAUGAUCCGUCGAGUCCUGAAGGAGAUGGUUGCUCACAAUUAUGACCGUUUCUCCAAGAGUGGGUCCUCUUCUGCCUAUACUGGCUACAUAGAACGGAGCCCCCGGGCGGCAUCCACAUACAGCCUUGACCUGCUGUACUCGGGUUCUGGCAUUCUGAGGAGAAGUAACCUGAACAUCUUCCAGUACAUCGGGAAGACAGAUCUUCAUGGUAGCCAGGUGGUCAUUGAGGCACAAGGACUGGAAAGCUUGAUCGCAGCCACUCCCGACGAAGGGGAGGAAAACCUUGACUCCUAUGCUGGCAUGUCAGCCAUCCUGUUUGAUGUGCAGCUCAGACCUGUCACUUUUUUCAAUGGAUACAGUGAUUUGAUGUCCAAAAUGCUGUCGGCAUCUGGUGACCCUGUCAGCGUGGUGAAAGGGCUUAUUCUGCUAAUAGACCAUUCUCAGGAUAUUCAGCUGCAAUCUGGACUAAAGGCAAAUGUGGAAAUCCAGGGCGGUCUGGCUAUUGACAUUUCAGGUUCAAUGGAAUUCAGUCUGUGGUAUCGUGAGUCCAAAACCCGAGUGAAAAAUCGGGUGGCUGUGGUAAUAAACAGCGAAGUCACAGUGGACUCUUCCUUUGUGAAAGCUGGCCUGGAGAGCAGAGCAGAGACAGAGGCGGGCCUGGAGUUCAUCUCAACAGUGCAGUUCUCGCAGUACCCAUUCUUAGUCUGCAUGCAGAUGGACAGGGCUGAGGCCCCAUUCAGACAAUUCGACACAAAGUACGAAAGGCUGUCCACAGGCAGAGGCUAUGUCUCUCGAAGAAGAAAAGAAAGCCUGGUGGCUGGAUGUGAACUCCCACUCCAUCAAGAGAACUCUGAGAUGUGCAACGUGGUGUUCCCCCCUCAGCCAGCCAGUGAUAACUCAGGUGGAUGGUUUUGA